UGGCAGGAUAUUUGGUGGUACAGACUGCUGACAAAUCUUUUCAAUUAUUCCACUAUUAUUAUUCCUUGCUUUCUUUUGGUUUUUGUGAUAAAGAGGACUAAGUACUUGGAAAGAGCUGGUAGAUUUUUUAAUAAUUUGUUGUUGAAGUUGUUCAUAGAUGGCAGGGAGUUGUCAUCAUUUGAAGAGAUUAAUAUGAAGAAACCAGCAUACAACACGUCACAAAACUCAUCGGCAACUUUAUCACUUUUCUCGUUUGAAAACAAAUUUGUGGCCACAACGGUCAAGUUAUGUUUCUACAGUUGCGGCCUGCUGCUUUCUUAUUUGAUAUGGGGCAUAGUGCAAGAGAGAGUCAUGGUGUAUGAAUAUAAGGACAACACGACUGGGAGACAGAAGGGUGAACGAUUCACCAACUCACAGUUCAUCGUGUUUGCCAAUCGGGUGCUUGCGUUCGUGGUAGCUGUUGUAGGAAUUCGCAUGUUGGAGCAGCCCUGCCAUAGAGCUCCUUUCUACAAGUACAUCUACUGUUCAUUCUCCAACAUCAUGAGCAGUUGGUGCCAAUAUGAAGCACUCAAGUUUGUCAGCUUCCCUGUUCAGGUGUUAGCAAAAACGAUAAAAGUCAUUCCAGUGAUGCUGAUGGGCAGGGUAAUUUCCAGGAGGUCCUAUUCCGUCUUUGAGUACAUCACUGCUUCCAUGAUAUCUGCCGGGGUCUUCAUCUUCCUAAUUACCAGCGAAGACGGACCUGGUUCUAAGUCAUCGGACAGCACCCACACCAGCAUCUCUGGGGUCGUCAUCCUCAUCGGCUACCUCAUGUUUGAUUCGUUCACGUCCAACUGGCAAGAUGACCUCUUCAAUAAGUUCAAGGUGACGUCACUGCAGAUGAUGGCAGGUGUCAACUUUUUCUCUGUCUUGCUUACUUGGGUGUCACUGAUGGAGCAAGGGACAUUCACGGAGGCGUUAAGCUUCGCCUCGCGUCAUCCAUCCUUCACUCUUCAUAUUCUCAUUCUCUCAAUCACCUCUGCCAUUGGUCAGUUGUUCAUCUUCGCCACCAUCGCCAAUUUCGGGCCGGCCACUUUCACCAUCGUCAUGACUAUUAGGCAGGGUUUGGCUAUUUUGCUGUCGUGCAUAAUUUAUGGACAUCAGGUUCGUUUGUCUGGUGGCAUAGGAGUAGCCAUUGUAUUUGCCUCGCUCUUCAUCAGAGUCUAC